AUGUGCUCGCUGGGUGCGAAGUAUUGCCUUGAACAACAGACGGCGAUUGCACUAUGGGAUGCAGGGAGGCUUAUCGUGAGAGCGGCGACAGAAGAGAAGAACGAAGACCUGGAUGUAGCCAACUCAGGGUAUAUCGAAAUAUGUCAAGCGAUGCUACUGCUGAUGGCCUUUCAGACCUGGUCGGGGAAUCCUUUCGGUUUGCGUCAAGCAUUAUCUUCUCAGAGUGCCUUGGCAAGUCUGGUGCGGCAGGACAGAUUGAACAGUCGACCGCUGUCAAAGGAGAUGACGUGGGCGGAGUGGAUCGAUCGUGAGGUCCGCAAACGGACCAAGCUCGGCGUAUACUGUUUCCUCAACUUACAGUGCCUAACUUUCAAUGUCCCUCCCCUCAUCCUCAACAGUGAGAUCGCACUUGACUUGCCAAGCGAUGAGGACGCGUGGCAAGCCGAGAGCGAGGAUCUGUGGCAGCGAUGUGGCAGGGGUCAAGCUCCUGAAAUGCCAUCUUUCCAGAUCGCCUUACGUAGCUUUCUCCUUGGGCCCGACUGCAAUCCUCCCGAUAGACAGUCCGCCGUGGCUUUGUCGCAGGAUACGUCGCCUUGUUCCAUUUUUGGGAUGUACGCCCUUCUCCACGGAAUCAUUCAGCAUCAAUACCAAUUACGGCAGUACUCCGAUCUCACACCAGGGCCAGAUGGCACUGUUCCUCCUGAUCAGAUUGUACAGAUUGAGCGCGGCCUCAGAUAUUGGCAGCAGGCUUGGGAAAGGAACAUGGAAGCUUCCCUUGAUCCACAGAACGCACAUGGUCCAUUAGCAUUCAACUGCAUUGCCCUAGUUCGUAUAGCAUACAUUCGGCUCGACAUCGACCUCGGCUCAGCAUGUGCAGCCCUCCAGUCGGGGGAUCCGCACAUCAUCGCGCGCGCCAUGAAGGACCAAAAGACCGUGGCCCGUGGUCCGAGAUUGACCAAGGCAGCACUGCAUGCUUGCCACGCGCUUCUUGUUCUGGCUAAGGAAGGCAUAGACCUCGUCACUCACACACAAGUCUUUGUCUGGUCGAUCCAGCACUCUAUCGCGUCCUUCCAGUGUUGUGUCGUUCUUGUAAAGUGGCUGGAGACGGUAAUCGUAGAUACAUCUGAUCCUCUACUCUCUGACGAGGAGAGCUGGCUCAUCAAGCUGGUACAGAAUACCUUGGGGGAAUGCAACGUUGGUGAGGUGGAAAAUGUCAAGACACUGAACGUGAUGGUGUUGAGAACUUGGGCAAAAGUGUUCGCUGAGACUACGAUUUGGGAAAUUAUGCCUGUCAUAGGAGCUGCGUUCGAGAUCUACGCAGAUAUGCUUAGCCGCUAA